GGUCACUCGCCUCACUCACUCGCUCACUAACUCGACCGACACGGGUCGGGAUCGUUCCUCUAACACGACUCGGUCGACAGCGAAACGCUUCCGGCGUUGCCGGCCAGGCCUCGAACAUAAGAUCUGGGCCGAGUCAACGAUUGAGGCGAGAGAGCCAACGCGCCAAGAUGCUGUAGUUGAGGGGCGAGCGAGCCAUGGCUCGGAGGCGGUUCCGGAAGUUGGUGAGCUGAAGAAUAUCUUACUAGGGUUUCCAUCUCUACAGAGCUUUCUUCUUGCUUGAUUCUCCCUUUGGACUUGUGCUGUUGAAAGUCAAACUUUUGUUGUUGAGAAUGAUAUUCUUUCAAGCAAUUAGAACGCAAGAUCAGGAAACAAGUUCAGGCACAUCAAGUUUUGCUUUGAGAUUUCACUUGCAGCUAUCUAGAAGUUUGAUGAAUAAUUGGGGGAUGGCUCUGGUUUCUUGUUACAUUAUACAUGAUUGAAGGAUGGCCCCACUUCGAUCUUCAGGACACGCUGAUCCAGGAUGGGAUCAUGGUGUUGCUCAGGAUGAAAAGAAGAAAAAGGUAAAAUGUAAUUAUUGUGGAAAAAUUGUAAGUGGAGGCAUAUACCGAUUAAAACAACAUUUAGCUAGGGUUUCUGGUGAAGUUAAAUGUUGUAGAAAAGCUCCAAGGGAGGUUAUAUUGGAAAUGAAAGAAAAUUUGGAAGGAUAUCAGGGUAGCAGAAAACAUCGAUUGGUUGAGGGACAAGAGCAUUUGUUUGAUUUUAAAUCAAAUGAUGAUGGUGAAGGGGUAAAUAUUGGUUACAAAUGGAAGGAAAAACAGGGAACCAGCAACCAAAGUGUUGGCCCGAGCUUCACAGCUCUUAGGUCUUCUGGGUUUGUUGAUCCUGGUUGGGAGCAUGGCAUUGCUGUAGAUGAGAAGAAGAAAAAGGUGAAAUGUAACUACUGUGAAAAGAUAGUAAGUGGGGGUAUAAACCGUUUUAAGCAGCAUUUAGCUAGGAUUCCUGGUGAAGUUGCUUAUUGUAAAAUGGCUCCUGAGGAAGUGUAUCUUCAGAUAAAAGAAAACAUGAAAUGGCAUCGUACUGGCUGGAGAAGAAGGCCUGAAAUUAAAGAACAUAAUGCCUUUUAUGUGAACUCAGAGGGUGAAGAACUUCCAGAUGAUGGAAACAAGCCUGUUCAGUUGCUUGCUGAUAAAGAUGUCUGCUGCGGCCAGUCAAAAAGAAAAGUAGAGAGGUCACCACUUCCCGGAGAUGGCGAUGAAGAGCAGCAGUUAAAGCACUUUUAUUCAUCUUCUUCAUUUCCAAAUAUGCAUGCAAGUCAAUUAGCAUCAAAGUAUAAGCGGGCUAAACUAAAAUCAGGGGAUAUAAAAGACCAUAAAGAAGUUAUCUCUGCAAUAUGUAAAUUCUUUUAUUAUGCUGCAGUACCUUUUAAUGUCGCAGACUCCUCAUAUUUCCACAAAAUGCUUGAUUUGGUUGGUCAGUAUGGGCAAGCAUUUAAGGUCCCUUCUGCUACUGAAAUUUCAGGUCGAUUCCUCCAGUAUGAAGUUGCCGCAACAAGAGAACAAAUAACAGAAGUUAAGGCUUCAUGGAAUAGCACAGGCUGCACUGUUAUUUUAGAUAAGUGGAAAGAUGUGAGUGGAAGGACACUACUGGAUACUCUCGUAUCUUGCCCUAGAGGAACAUACUAUAUUUCCUGUAUUGAUGCAUCUGAUAUAAUUGAAAACGUUUCUAGCCUUUUUAAAUUUUUGGAUGGAGUUGUUCAGGAUCUUGGCGAGGAAAAUGUAGUGCAGGUAAUCACAGAAAACACUGAUUGUUUUAGAUCUGCUGGUAAGCUGCUGGAGGAAAAUAGAAGAUGCUUAUUCUGGACACCGUGUGCUAUUUAUUCCAUUGAUCAAAUACUUGAAGAUUUUCUGAAGAUAAAAUGGGUUGCAGAGUCCAUUAGCAAAGGCCAAACGAUCACCAAAUUCAUUUAUAACAAUGACUGGUUGCUAAAUCUUAUGAGAGAGGAUUUUACUGGAGGAAGAGAGCUUCUUAGAUCGGCAGCUACUAGGUUUACUACUAGCUUUUUUACUCUGCAAAGCUUGCUAGCGCAUAGGCCAGCUCUGAAAAGAUUGUUUCAAUCUAGCAAAUGGCUUUCUUCUCAAUUAGCUAAGUCGGAUGAAGGCACAGAAGUUGAGAAAGUUGUCAUGAACUCUACAUUUUGGAAAAAGAUGCAAUAUAUUAGUAAAACUGUAGACCCUCUGUUGAAUGUGAUUAAAAAGGCUGAAACUAGAGAGGCCUUGCCAAUGCCUUUUAUCUAUAAUGACAUAUGCCGAGUAAAGCUUGCUAUAAAAGCUAUUCAUGGGGAAGAUGAGCGCAAGUACAGUCCUUUUUUGAAUGUGAUAGACAGCUAUUGGGAGUCUCUGUUUCACCAACCUCUUUACCUGGCAGCAUAUUUUCUCAACCCAUCAUUCCGUUACCGUCCUGAUUUCAUGGCGCGGCCAGAGGUGAUUCGUGGUCUCAAUGAAUGCAUUACUCGAUUGGAACCAGAUAAUGGGCGCAGGGUUUUAGCUGUUGCUCAGAUUUCUGAUUUUAUUCUUGCUAAAGCUGAUUUUGGAACUGAACUGGCUUUAAGUACAAGGGCAGAAUUGGAUCCAGCUGCAUGGUGGCAACAACAUGGUAUUAGUUGCUUGGAGCUGCAGCGAAUCGCCAUUCGCAUAUUAAGCCAGACAUGUUCAUCCUUUGGUUGCGAACACACUUGGAGUGUCUUGGAUCAUGCUCGUAGUUCGAAGCAAAACCAUUUGGCUCAAAAACGAAUGGAUGAUAUUACAUAUGUUCACUAUAAUUUACGACUUAGGGAGAGGCAGAUGAAGCCAGCAAGUAAUAACUUUAUAUCUCUUGAUAAUUUCUUGUUAGAAAACACGUUGGCUGAUUGGGUUAUUGGGACUGACAAAAGAGCUUUGCAGGAAGAGGAGGAAAUUCCUUGUGAUGGGAUGGUACAACGAGGAACUCAUCAACAUGAAGUGAACGAUCAAGAGUUCUUCAAUGUAGAGGUGGGGAAAGUUCAUGGCGAUGUGUUAGAGCAUAUUGAUGACACUUCAGUUCAUCUUUCAAGCACUGGAGCUGUCAAUGAUGAUGAUGAUGAUGCUGACCUUGACUUCCUUGAUGAAGAUUAUAGUGAUUAGCUUAUGUAUGAUGUUCAUUUAUGCUGUUACAUAAAAUAAAUUGCUGAAAGGUGCUUUGUAAUUUAUGCCCUGUAAAUAUCCAGUGCUGGAUCUUGAGUUAUUGGUCGAUGAAGAUUGUAUCUUACUUGCAAUUUGUGUAGAGAAAUGUAUAUUUUUGUACUGGUAUUGUUCUUUUCUGUUGUGAUUUUC